AUGGAGGGCGAAUCGGAGCUCGAUCAAGCCAUGCGGAACAUGAGGAACACUCUGUCUGCUCUACAUUCUCUGAUAACAAGGCCAGAAGGAAACCCUCCAGCUUCUCAGUCUGCUGUUGCUGCCUUGCCUGCUGUCGUCGUGCUCUUGGAAGAUGUGGAGAGUGGGGCUGCAUGCUGUACCGUGUGCAAUGAAGUGGCGGAAGUAGGAGAGGAGGUGGUGAGGCUGCCAUGCAGGCAUCUGUACCAUGGGGCGUGCAUCAGGCAGUGGCUUGGCGUGCGGAACACGUGUCCCAUGUGCCGGUUUGAGCUGCCCACGGAUGACAUUGGCGGGCAGGUGGUGCAGAGCGGGGCAGUCAAAGAGGUGCAGCUGGCGCAGGCGGGAUGCAGCGCCAAUGCUAGUUUGGAGCGUCGUGAGGCGGCAGAAAGCUUCGGGCAGCUGGAGGGGCGCACGGCUGGUGGUGCCACAUUGGAUGAGGAGGAAUGUUUCGAGGGAAGGCAGGUGGCAGAGGGAGUCUGGCAUGCACACCCGCCAAAGUACGGCGACUACGAGGCGCAGAGGCACUGGAUGGAGAUCACGCUGCACCUCCCUGCCUUCUCUCUGGUACCACAACUCACCACUCAACUCCUCACACCAUCCUCCCUUUCCCCCUCCUUGUUUUCCUCCCCUUCCUCCUCCCGCCCCCUCUCCUUCUCC